AUGAUGUCCUACUUGAAGCAGCCGCCGUACACGGUGAAUGGACUGAGCUUAUCUACCUCAGGAGUGGACCUUCUGCAUCCUUCAGUGGGAUACCAAGGUAAUAUACCUCAGGCUGCAACAACACCUCGCAAGCAGAGGAGAGAGAGGACGACCUUCACUCGGGCCCAGCUCGACGUGCUGGAGAAUCUGUUCGCCAAGACCCGGUACCCUGACAUCUUCAUGAGAGAGGAGGUGGCCUUGAAGAUCAACCUGCCUGAGUCCAGGGUGCAGGUAUGGUUCAAAAACCGACGAGCCAAGCAUCGCCAGCAGGCCCAGCAAACCCAGAGUGGAGCGCAGAGCAAAACUGUGAGCAGGCCGGUGAAAAAGAAAGGCUCUCCGGUCAGGGAGGCCAGCUCCGAGAGCGGAGCCAGCGGGCAGUUCACGCCGCCCUCGAGCUCCUCACUCCCGGCGGUGAGCAGCAGCGCGGCGCCGGUGUCCAUCUGGAGCCCGGCAUCUAUCUCCCCGCUCGCUGACCCGCUGUCUACCUCCUCCUCCUCCUGCAUGCAGCGCUCUUACCCCAUGACCUACACCCAGGCGUCGGGCUACAACCAGGGCUACACCGGCUCCUCCUCCUACUUCACCGGGAUGGACUGCGGCUCCUACCUGUCGCCCAUGCACCACCAGCUGUCCGCCGCGGGCACCGCCAUGAGCCCCAUGGGCAGCAACGGGGUAUCCAGCCACCUGAGCCCGGCGUCCUCCCUCUCGUCGUCGGCGUACGGGGCGGCGGGGCUCGGCUUCAGCGGCGCUGCAGACUGCCUGGACUAUAAGGACCAAACGGCCGCCUCGUGGAAGCUCAAUUUCAGCACGGACUGUUUGGAUUACAAAGACCAAGCAGCGUGGAAAUUUCAAGUGUUGUGA